AUUCUGGGCGAUCUCUCUCUCGCGAUCCCCCCUUCCACGAUCUCUGUCCUCGGGCACUCACCAGCGGAAGCGCUAUCCCUGCCUUAUCCCUCGCUGGGUUGAUUUUGAGAGUUUUUAAGAAGCUAGUUCAAACGAAUAACCCUGCAAAAGUGCAAGGAUAAUUUAAGUGAAGAUUUGUGCAUGACUGUAUAGAUAGUGUAAUUUAAUAGCUUUUAUCUGCAUACGUAUGAAAUGGGUGUUUCUGGAAGGCCACUAUUUGAUCUUAAUGAACUGCCAGAAGAAGAGGUAAAUGUGGAUGAUUGUCCUAUUGAUUAUCAGCCCCAAAAAUCUCUUCCGGUUGCCAAUUUGAACAGUUCAACUCUUCUUCCAUCAUCUGAAGGAUGUCAAAGAAUACAGAAUAACCAAACUUUUACACAUGCGCCAACUGGUUCUGGUUUUCAACCUUUUUCCAGAAAAGAAGUGUCAAAGAAACUAAAAGAAUUUGAAAAAUCAGGAGCUGAGUCAAAUACAGACCAAGCCUUAACAUCUGUGGACUCAAGCUUUAAAGAUGUUAACAAAAUUAGCAGACUGCUGUCAGGUAGUCAGGGUGGCCUGGAAGCUGAAAGAGAAGAAGGGGAGUGGUCUGACAUGGAAGUCCAUGGGGAAGAUAUCAAAAGCAUUUCAAGCAAUAAGGAAGAGGAUCUUGAUGGUGAGUCUGCUGAUAAGCAGAUAAUGAAUGAAGAAAGUGAGUCUCUUGUUAAAACUGAUGAGAGCAGCCAUAACAAGUCUAGUUUUUUGGGAAUUACCACUAAUGAAGUUUGUGAAUCAAUAAGAGACCUGAAUGAGAAUCGCCCUUUUUUAGAUAGCUAUGGAAGUUGCAAUUCUAGAGUGGAUGCCUCUGAUGAUGGAUUUGGGGAGUCCUCAAUUCUAAAACUGAGAGAAGUAAAAGGAGUUGAAGCAAGUCAUGCUCUGAGAUUUGUAAAUAAUCCUGUUAAGAGGCCUAAAAUUGACGAGCAAAAGGAGGCAAUGUUGGGUAAAAAGAGAGCCAGACAAACUGUCUUCAUCAAUGUGGAGGAUGUUAAGCAGGUUAGCUCAAUGAAACCAACACCUAAGAGGCAGACUUCUUUUCCAGCACCAAUUGUUACCCGAACUGUUAAGGAUUCAUCUUGUACUAGCACUCCUGGGGGUGCUGAAAGACCAAAUACUAAAAAUCAAAAUCACUCUGACAUCAUGAGCACUGAAUGCUGUUCAACUAUGGAAUCAGUUAACCUGAAAACUGAACCAAAUGGGGAUGUAAUUUUAGGAGGUAUAAUUCGCCCAAAGAAGCUGAACCCCAACGAGGAGUUUUCAGAAACAUAUCCUCCAGUUCUAGGGCAGGGCCCUUCCAAGCAAUCUGUGGACACCAGACAAUCCAAAAACUCUUCUGUUUCAUCUAGGAAGCCUCCUGUUCCUGGACUAGGCAAUACUGAUCACAAAUUGGGGUCCAAAAAGAAUCCUUAUUCCAACAGGCCAAAUGCAAUGAACCCUCAAUGCCAAGAUACAUCUGUAGAACGUCUACUCAGGGAGGUGACAAGUGAGAAGUUUUGGCAUCAUCCAGAAGAGACAGAUUUGCGGCGUGUCCCUGGUCAAUUUGAGUCUGAUGAAGAGUAUAUUAGAGUUUUUGAGCCUUUGCUUUUUGAGGAAUGCCGAGCACAGCUAAACAGCACCUAUGAGGAGCUUCAGGAGAAUAUAACAAAGGAUGCACAUAUCAUGGUUCACAUAAAGAAUGUCGAUAGACGAGAGAGAGGGUGGUAUGAUGCCAUUGUUCUUCCAGUUCAUGAAUGCAAGUGGAACUUUAAGGAAGGUGACAUUGCAGUUUUGGCAUAUCCACGACCUGGUGGAGCAGGCAAGUCUGGCAGGAGAAACAAUUAUGAUACAAAUGGCGAUGAUACUAAACAUGAGGCUACCAGUCAUGUUGUUGGUACGGUAAGGCGACAUAUUCAUAUUGACACACGUUAUCUGGCUGGAGCCAUUUUUCAUUUCUAUGCUGGUGACUUGUAUGGUUCUUGUAGCAAGUCCAAUGAUCAUAUCCUUAGGAAACUUGAACCAAAGAGUACUUGGUACUUGACAACCCUUGGUUCCCUUGCCACUACUCAGCGUGAAUACAUAGCACUGCAUGCUUUUCGCCGUCUUAAUGGCCAGAUGCAAUCUGCAAUAUUGAAGCCUAGUCCCGAACAUUUUCCUAAAUAUGAAGACCUGCCACCUGCUAUGUCCGACUGUUUUACUCAAUAUUUUGUAGAUUAUCUGCAUAGGACGUUCAAUCCUCCACAGUUGGCUGCAAUUCAGUGGGCUGCUAUGCACACUGCUUCUGGUACCAAUAAUAGAGGGGCUAAGAGACAAGACCCUUGGCCUUUUACACUUGUUCAAGGUCCACCAGGGACUGGGAAAACACAUACGGUUUGGGGGAUGCUUAAUGUAAUUCAUCUUGUUCAGUACCAACAUUACUACACUGCACUUCUCAAGAAACUUGCCCCAGAAAGUUAUAAGCAAACAACUGAGGUUAACUUGGUGAAUGCCAGUAGUGGAUCAAUUGAUGAAGUCUUGCAGAAUAUGGACCAAAGUCUUUUAAGAACUCUUCCAAAACUUUGUCCAAAGCCAAGAAUGCUAGUGUGCGCUCCUUCAAAUGCUGCUACAGAUGAAUUGUUAGCACGGGUUCUUGAUCGUGGUUUCAUUGAUGGUGAGAUGAAAGUUUAUCGACCUGAUGUAGCUCGUGUUGGAGUAGAUUCACAGACCCGAGCUUCCCAAGCCGUUUCGGUCGAGCGAAGAACUGAACAACUACUGCAGAAGGGUUGCAAUGAAGUAAUUAAAUGGUUGCAUGACUUGAAACGCCGUGAAGCUGAAUUGUCACAGCAAAUAUCUCGCCUGCAGAGAGACCUCAUUAUUGCAGCUGCUGCUGGUAUGUCACAAGGAUCUGUAGGUGUUGAUCCUGAUGUUCUUGCUGCCAGAGAUCAAAACCGUGAUAUAUUACUCCAGCAUCUCGCUGCUGCUUUAGAGAGCAGGGACAAGGUUCUUGUUGAGAUGUCACGAUUCGAUAUACUGGAAAGCAAGUUCCAUUCUGGGACUACUUUUAAUAUGGAAGAUGCUCGAGCCAAUCUUGAAGCAAGCUUUGCUAAUGAAGCUGAGAUUGUUUUUACAACCGUGUCAAGCAGUGGCCGGAAGAUAUUCUCUCGUCUGGCCCAUGGAUUUGAUAUGGUGGUCAUUGAUGAGGCUGCUCAGGCAAGUGAAGUUGCAGUCCUCCCACCGCUAUCACUUGGUGCUGCAAGAUGUGUUUUGGUAGGUGAUCCACAGCAACUUCCUGCGACUGUUAUUAGUAAAGCUGCUGGAACUCUACUUUAUAGCAGAAGUCUUUUUGAGAGAUUUCAGCAAGCAGGAUGCCCAACUCUGUUGUUAUCAGUGCAGUAUAGGAUGCAUCCUCAAAUCCGUGAUUUCCCAUCAAGAUAUUUCUAUCAAGGGCGUCUGACUGAUAGUGAGAGUAUUGCCAAUUUAGAUGACGAAGUUUACUACAGAGAUCCUCUGUUACACCCCUAUGCAUUCUUUGAUAUUACACAUGGAAGAGAGUCUCAUAGGGGUGGAUCUGUCUCUUACCAGAAUGUUCAUGAAGCCCAAUUUUCUUUGAGACUGUAUGAACAUCUACAGAAGUUUGUCAAAUCAAAUGGUGGGAAAAAGUUAUCUGUUGGCAUAAUUACACCUUAUAAACUACAGUUGAAAUGUCUCCAACGUGAAUUUGAUGAUGUUCUAAAGUCUGAAGACGGCAGGGACAUAUACAUCAACACGGUUGAUGCAUUUCAGGGUCAGGAGCGCGAUGUUAUUAUAAUGUCAUGUGUGCGUGCGUCAAAUCAUGGAGUGGGAUUUGUUGCUGAUAUCCGGCGCAUGAAUGUUGCCCUUACUCGGGCUAGGAGGGGCUUAUGGGUGAUUGGCAAUGCUAAUGCUCUCAUGCACUCUGAAGACUGGGCUGCUUUGAUUGCUGAUGCUAAAUCAAGAAAAUGUUUCAUUGACACGGUAAGCAUCCCAAAGGAAUUCUUGCUGCUCAAAGGGUUUUCUAUGGCUCCUGCAAAGCUGACAUUGAAUAGCACGAGGAGUUCACGAAGUAAUGGUCAAAGAAAAUAGCAUUUGGAUGCGCUACCAGAAUCGAAGUCUGGAACACAAUCUGAAGAUGAAGAUAAAUCCGACUACUUCCCAUUGAGAAACGGAAGCUAUAGAAAUUUAAAUAUGAAUGAGAGGUUUCUUUAGAUGAUAUCGGGCAUUCAAUUGAAAAGUCUAAAAUUGCAUUUCAGUAUGGCAUGAUCAGGAGGUAAAAUGCUUCUGGAGCUUUUGAAUGAGAUAGACAUAAGAGUCCUUGACUCUGCAGGAAUUUCUUCCGUUAUCGAGCUGAAAAUUUCAAAUUGCCAGGCAAGCCAGGGAAUUUUGGUCUCACAGGGAAAACACUUUUGGUCAUUGCUUGCCAAUUAUUUGGGGGUGCUUAACCAUGUGAUAUAUCAUUUGAAGAAUGAUCAUCAAGACCUGGCUACAUGAGGCAGAUGACGAUGGCUAUCCUUCUUUUGUGCCGAUGUGGAAUGUGGCAUGCUGCACAAAGCCUGGAGGCCAAGCACCGCCACUUGAGCAGAUUGAUCUCCCUGUAAGUUUUGCGCAGCCAAAAAUAUUUUGGAAGGACUUUUGUGCUAACAGCAGACCUUGUUGCUACUACCAGCUGACCAAGGCGUUGAUGUGAAUAAUGGCAGGGAUUACACGGCUGGUGCAUUUAUAUCUUAUAGGUCUAAGUGAUCAUCAGGUAAAUAAUGGCAGUGAUUAAACACGCUGCAGUCAGAAUAUAUUUAUGUUCAGUAUAAUGCUUUAGGUUGAGUUCCUUUCUGUGCAAACUGGACAAACGGUGUCUGCAGGGAAGUCUCAUUUCUUUCAUAAGCCUCUUUAUAAGUUGUAUUAAGUUGAAUAGAGAAUCAAUUCUUGCCGUCAUAGUGUUUGAGAAGUGCUUUAUUACAUUCGUCAAAUUCCCUGUUAAGCAUGCAGUUUGACAGAUCGAUCUCAUUCACAAAACCCCCUUCCAGAGUCAACAUGAACACAACUGACAGAGGAUAACAAUUUCUAUACCUAUCC